AUGGCUACCGACGGCGCCGGCGGAGAACCCACAAGCUCAAGCCAGCCGCUGUUCUACGGCAUUGCCUUUACCAUCAUCCCAAGUCCCACCUUGACCCAGCACCACGCAACAGAGCUCGGAAGAAAGCUCGAAGCAAACGGCGCAGUCUUCAUCCCACUCGAUCCCGAAACCGGCCACGUCCAAGAUCUCGCACUUCUCAGCCAUAUCGUCUCCACAACCUCCGACUUCCCAGACUACCACAACGCGUUCGACAAGUUCGUCCACGUCGUCAAACCGUCAUGGGUAGACGCGUGUAUCGUCAAGCACAAGCUUGCGAAUCCCCGCCAGUACAGCCCGGACCCCACGCUCUUCCUAUCCGAUGUCACCGUGACGUGCGCCGACCUGCCUGAGGGCGACAAGGAGGGCAUAGCUGGCGCUGUCCUAGCUAUGGGCGGGCAGUACUCUCCGGCACUGUCAAAGAUGGUUACACACGUCGUAGCUUUGACCGUGGAUAACGAGAAGUGCGAGGUUGCGUUGAAAAAGAGGCUGCGGUGCAAGAUUGUGCUGCCACACUGGUUCGACGACUGCUUGAAGCUGGGCAGGCGUAUCCCAGAGGAUCCGUAUCUGCUGCCGAACCCGUUGAUCCUAUCAAACAAAGAAGUCCCUCACAGGAUUCCUUCGAACAAGGAUGUCCAAGGGGCAACCUCUCCAGUUCCGCAAGUGUGGCCGCCGGUUUCUGUCCCUCCGCGGGUGCUCGAUGUGUUCAAGGGAAAGAAGAUCAUGUUCUCUGCGGACCUGGAGAUGGGCCAACACCUGUACAACACUUUGGAAGAGAUAGUGGACUACGGCGGUGGCGAACUCAUAAACCUCAUUGAUGAAGCCGACACAUACAUCUGCAACUGGCGCGAGGGUCAAGACUACGUCAAAGCGUCACAGGCCGGCAAGGCCGUGGGCAACGUAACGUGGUUAUACUACCUGAUCACGCAUAAUGCCUGGACCUCGCCGAUGCGUCGCCUCCUGCAUUAUCCCCUGCCCAGAGGAGGUAUCCCGGGUUUCGAAAACUUCAAAAUCAGCUUGUCAAACUACACCGGCGAAGCAAGGAUCUAUCUCGAAAACCUAGUGCGAGCGACCGGCGCCGAGUUUACCAAGACAAUGAAGCAGGACAACACGCAUCUCAUCACGGCUCACCUGGCGAGCGAAAAAUGCGAGGCCGCCAAGGACUGGGGCAUCAAUCUCGUGAACCACCUCUGGCUCGAAGAGAGCUAUGCCAAGUGCAAGCUCCAACCCCUAACAAACCCACGAUACUCCCACUUUCCGCCUCGCACAAACCUCGGCGAGGUCAUCGGCCAAACACAGCUUGAUCGCGAGGCAGUCGAGAGGCUGUUCUUCCCACCUAAUCCCAUGCAGCCAACCCCUAGCAGUGGAGCGCCACCAAAGACCAACGAAGAACCUAACGACGACGUCGCCGAUCGGCCCACCCCGCUGGCGACCCGAGCAAAGCGUACUCGCGGCGACUCAGAUAUCCGCACGCCAGCUGCGCUUCGAGAGCUUGAAAGCAAAGAAAACGAAACACCUACAAGCACUGGCAGUCGCGGAGCGAAAAACCGGGCACUUUCAAAACUGCAUGACGCGGCUGCAGACAUUGCGGUGUACGAGAAAGAGAGGAAGCGGGUUGGUGGUGUUGUAUAUGGCAGAGACCGAACUAGUGGCUCACCCACCGUUGACGAUAAGACCAAAGCGAAAGAGGAGGCAGCGAGUCGCAAGCGAACGCGAGACGAAGACCAAGAAGCGGACGAUGACGACGAAGACUCGUUUGCAGACCAAGUGCCAAAGAAAGCCAAGAAGGCACGAGGAGCGAAGAACCAACCACCCAUUCAAUACCGCCUGAUGCUAUCGGGAGACGACCGAUGGGUAGACAAGCCGGGCAAGGAGUCCGCCGACAAGAUCAAACUCCGCGACAUUGGCAUCGCACUCACGCAAUCCCCGACCGAAGUAACCCUCCUCUGCGCGCCGCGCCUAAUCCGUACCCGCAAAUUCGUCGCUGCCCUCGCCGCCGCCCCGACCGUCGUCUCCUCCGGCUUCCUCGACUCCUGCCUGCGCUGGGGACGCAUCCCAGACCCGGCAAACUUCAAGCUCGUUGACCGCGAGACCGAGGACAGGCUCGGCAUUAAGCUUGACGAGGUGCUGGAGCGCGCAAAACAGAACCGCCGCCAGCUGCUUAAGGGAUGGCAGAUCUUCUGCACAGAGACCAUCGGCGGCGGCUUCGACACUUUCAAAGACAUCAUCGCGGCGAACGGAGGCGUGUGCGUGCCGUGGAAAGGGGGGCGCGCGAACCAGACGGCGCGCAGGAGGAUCAGCGACGAGAAGGACGAGGUGAGUCGAAAUGAAGAGGAAGGGGAGCCGGAGGCGCUGUAUUUGCUCAGCGGGACGACGGCCCAGGAGAAGAAGACUUGGGACGCUUUCAAAACGAUGGCGACGAAGCAGGGCAUGCUGCCGAGGAUUGUGAGACAGGACUGGAUCUUGAAUGUGGCGAUGGCGCAGCAGGUCGUUUGGGAUGAGCAGUAUGAGCAGGAGGAGUAG